UCCUGCCAAUUCCAGCAGCAUGGAAUGUAAAAAUCCAUUUAGUGGCUUCCUUGGAUGUAUGAAACUGAUUUUUAUUGAUAACAAAGCAAUAGAUUUAAUUUUCGUUCAACAAAACUCAGUGGGAAAUUUCAGUGACCUACAGAUAGAUUUGUGUGGCAUUAUGGACAGAUGUCUGCCCAAUUAUUGUGAACAUGGUGGCGAAUGUUCACAGUCCUGGAAUAGUUUCUAUUGCAGUUGUGCAAACACAGGUUAUACGGGGGCUACUUGUCAUUCCUCCAUUUAUGAGCAAUCGUGUGAAGCCUAUAAGCACAGAGGGAACACUUCAGGCUUUUACUAUAUUGAUUCAGAUGGGAGUGGUCCCUUGGGGCCAUUUCUUGUAUACUGCAAUAUGACAGAAACCACCUGGACAAUUAUACAGCACAACAAUACAGAGUUAACCAGAGUCAAAAGUGCAAAUCGAGAGAACCCACAUACUGUGUUUUUCAAAUAUGCUGCCAACCUAGAACAGCUUCAGGCUACAAUUAACCAUGCAGAACACUGUGAGCAAGAGCUUGCUUACCACUGCAAAAAGUCACGCCUUUCAAAUAAGCGAGAAGGGAUUCCAUUCAGCUGGUGGAUUGGAAAAAUUAAUGAAACACAGACAUACUGGGGAGGUUCCAUGCCAGAUGUUCAAAAAUGUGCUUGUGGAAUACAAGGAAGCUGCAUUGAUUCUCAACAUGACUGCAACUGUGAUGCUGAUAGAAAUGAAUGGACUAAUGACACAGGACUCCUUUCAUAUAAGGACCACCUUCCAGUUACAGAGCUUGUCAUCACAGAUACUCACCGGCCAAAUUCUGAAGCAGAAUACAAACUUGGACCUUUGCUUUGCCGGGGUGACAGAGAAUUUUGGAAUGCAGCUUCCUUCAACACUGAGGCGUCAUAUCUCCAUUUCCCUACUUUUCAUGAAGAACUUAGUGCAGAUGUAUCACUUUUUUUCAAGACAACAGCUUCCUCUGGUGUGUUUUUAGAAAAUCUGGGAAUUAAAGACUUCAUCAGAAUAGAACUGCUCUCUCCAACUAAAGUGGCAUUUACAUUUGAUGUGGGAAAUGGGCCAAAUGAAAUCAUAGUGCAAUCACCCAGUCCCUUAAAUGACAACCAGUGGCAUUAUGUGAAGGUUGAAAGAAACAUCAAAGAGGCAUCACUACAAGUGGAUCACCUUCCUCAAAGGACUCAUAUAGCUCCAUCUGAUGGACAUAUCCGUUUGCAGCUCAACAGUCAACUCUUUGUAGGUGGGACAGCAUCCAGACAGAAAGGAUUUCUGGGCUGUAUUCGUUCUUUGCAGCUAAAUGGAGGAGCACUUGACUUGGAAGAGAGAGCAAAGAUAACCCCAGGUGUAGAACCAGGUUGUCCUGGACAUUGUAGCACCUAUGGUAGCUUAUGCCACAAUGGAGGAAAAUGCAAAGAAAGAUACAGUGGAUUCUCUUGUGACUGCACAUUGUCUGCCUAUGCGGGGCCAUUCUGUAAGAAAGAGAUCUCUGCAUAUUUUAGAGCUGGCUCUUCAGUAACAUACAAUUUUCAAGAGUCAUUUACCUUGGCUAAGAACUCAAGUUCUCAUGCAGCUUCAUUCCAUCCUGAUAUGCCACUAACUAGAGAAGCUAUCACAUUUACUUUUCGAACCACAUGGAGUCCAAGUUUACUUCUUUUUAUAAGCUCCUUCUAUAAGGAGUAUCUUUCAAUUAUUCUUGCAAAAAAUGGAAGUUUACAGAUCAGGUACAAACUAGAUAAUCAUCAAGAUCCUUAUGUCUUUACCAUCAAUUUCAAAAGCAUGGCCAAUGGGCAGCUUCACCGUGUGAAGAUCAACAGACAGGAAGAAAUGCUAUUUGUGGAGGUUAACCAGAACGAAAGGAUGAGAUUCAGAAUGUCUUCAGAUAUACAGUUCAAUGCAAUCAAAUCCCUUGUACUUGGCAAGAUCUUACUGGAGAAUAGCGAUGUAGACACAGAUACUCUGAAGGCUAGCUCCCAGGGAUUUAUUGGAUGUCUUUCUUCAGUGCAAUUCAACCAUAUUGCUCCUUUGAAGUCUGCACUGUAUGAUUCCAGCUCGGCUCCAGUUACUAUAAAGGGACAUUUCACUGAAUCCAAAUGUGGCACUUUAACAAGCCUUGACUCAACAUCAAGUGAAACAACCCAUUCAUUUGCAGAUCAUUCAGGACCAAUAGAUGAGGGGAGACCUUUAGCUAAUGCACUAACGAAUGACUCUGCAAUUAUUGGAGGUGUCAUAGCCGUUGUGAUAUUCAUUCUGCUUUGCAUUGCUGCCAUAGCUGUACGGAUUUAUAGAAAGAAAAGUGUCUAUAAAAAAAAGGAGGUGAAAAGGAUCAGAAAAUGAGAGUUGUGCUGAGAC